AGGAGCGCCCGGCAUGUCGCAAGUGCUCCCGGCGGCCGGCAGCGUCCUGCAGAGGAGCGUCGCGGCGCCCGGGAACCAGCCGCAGCCGCAGAGCCCAGAGGAUGAUGACCGGAAGGUCCGAAGGAGAGAAAAAAACCGAGUUGCUGCUCAGAGAAGUCGGAAGAAGCAGACCCAGAAGGCUGACAAACUCCACGAGGAGUACGAGUGCCUGGAGCAAGAGAACACUGUGCUGCGGAGAGAGAUCGGGAAGCUGACGGAGGAGCUCAAGCAUCUGAGCGAGGCACUGAAGGAGCACGAGAAGAUGUGCCCGCUGCUGUGCCCCAUGAACUUUGUGCCAGUGCCACGGCCGGACCCUGUGGCCGGCUGCCUGCCCCGAUGAAGCCCGAGGAUCGUCCUCCUCUGCCGACGGAGGAGCCUUGGUCUUUUUCACAUCUGGGCAGAGGGUGGGGAGGAGGGUUCCCUCCGCAUCUGUGUCCAGGGGGACCGGGGGCCAGGUCACCUCCUCGGAGCUCCUGGCCAUGUCCUCAGCGGACGGCUCUGCAGGACGCUCCCGCGGGCGCCUCUCAGAGCCCUGAGCGGAUCUGGGCAGGGAGGCCACCCUCAGGAGUCACCUCAAUCCACUUUGGCAGCUAGUAGGUUCCCUGCUGUGUAGAAUUAUUACCUCUAGAAUUUGAAUAAUAAAGAUGGUUAUGAUCUCU